GUGAUACGCCAGUGUGUUUUUGACCUCAUAUAAGAAGCCAAAAGACAGUUGGAUUCAGUGCAUAUAUCUCACAUGAAUUUAAAAGUUCUUAUAUCUAAAGAGUACUGUGAUAGGGCCUCUUUUAUCUAUUCAAGAACAUUGGGACUUACUUAGCUAUUUCUGGUGUGGGGCACUCUUCUUUGCACUGCUAUUUCAGAACUUGCUUCUCUAUUUAUGAGAUAGACACUGUGAGUAAAUAUGAUGAUAUAUCAGGUGUGACAGAUAAGUAUAACAAGUGAACAUGCAUGGAGGAUAUGAGUAAAGAAGAAUGCAACAGCAAUGAGUCUGGUUGGACGAUGUAUAUCGGUUCACCUUACCGUGAGUAUAAUCAAGGAGAUGACGAUGAUGAAGGAACUCCAAUGAAGGGUGAUGAUCAUGUUGAAGAUGGUGGUAGCGAUGAUUCCAUGACUUCGGAUGCUUCAUCUGGUCCAAGUCAUCAAGGAGUAGUACUAUGCACAAACAUAGAGCAAAUUUAUGGAAAGCAUGUGGAAAAAGAUAUCAGGAAGUUCUCAAGCAAGGAACAACUACAGCAACAAAAACAGGCAAAGAAGAAAUUGUCUGAUAAGAAUACAAAAGCAGCAAAAGAAGAUUCAGGACAUAAAGCAAAGAGUGGCAAAGGUUAUGGUUAUUGCAGAUCAACAACAAGGGGAAAACAUGUGAGUUAAGAGCCAAAACCGAGACGUCACAAUCACUGUAAAUCCUUCUGCUUUGAUUCCCAUUUCUGAUAUUUCACCUUUGUUAUUAGAGAUCCUGUAUAAGAUUAGGUAAACCUAUUCAGCAUAUGAACAACAAAUGUAAUACAUUAUAUAUCCUAUAAUGUCAAGAUUUAAGAGUCUGUCAUUCCUGAUGUAAAUUUUCACAUAUCUUCAAAUGUCAAGUUUUCAUCUCUUUCUUCUCGA